UCUCCCAAAAAUGAGAACUUGUAUUUUUUUUUAGGUUUCAAAAACAAAACUUAGAAGAACAGAAUGGUAUUUUGUUGAGAGUUAAAGUUGAAAUGACUAAGGCCAUGGUGGGGAGAAAAGGGGAAUCACAAAGCAAAACUUUCUUGACUUCCAAAAACCCCAAAAGGUCAUCAUCUUAUGAAAGGUCAUGAUGCAAAGAGACACUGAAAUCUGAAAACAAGAAGGGCUUCCCAGCGCCUCCUCAGAUGUCCCGAAGGGGGAUGAAGACACUCCCGGAGGAGACGGCAAUGUUGUGCUGUCGUCCAUAGUGACAAAAGCCUCUCUCGCUUGCACGCGCGCACGACCACGCACGCGUCCAGCACAUUUGAAGCGACCAUGAAGAGAGGUUCUGGUGGCCCGGCCUCCGCGUGGCUCCGUGCCCGGCAGAGGUCCAAGGUGGCCCACGACGAAGACGGCGACGUCGGCACCCGCCUCGGCCGAGAUGGGACGGAUCCCCGUGAGGCCCCCCCAACCCGGACGAGCCGGGUGGUGGACCCGGCCGAACACUUCUACUACGUUUGGCUGCAGCUCAUGGUUCCGCCCGUGGUCUACAACUGGGUCGUCGUUAUCCUCAGGACGUGCUUCCCCUCCAUUGCCCUGGACUACCUGGCGGUGUGGCUCACCCUGGACUAUGCGUCGGAUCUGAUGUACGCCGCCGACAUGAUCGUCGCCGUACGUUCCGGCUACCUGGAGCAGGGUGUCCUGAUUACAGAUCUGGGCCGUCUGAAGACUCGUUACCUUCGCUCCGGGGCUUUCUUCCGGGACCUGGCGUCCCUGCUGCCGACCGACUUGUUCUACCUGGUCUUCGGCAUCCGGGCGGCCACGGUGCGGAUCAACCGUCUGCUUCGCACGCCGAGACUCAUCGAGGCCCUGGACCGCAUGGAGACCAGGACCUCGUACCCCAACACCUUCCGCAUCACCAAGCUGAUGAUCUACAUCUUUGUGUUGAUCCACUGGAACGCCUGCCUCUACUUUGCGCUCUCCGACUACAUUGGCUUCGGGAGCGACGGCUGGGUUUACCCCAACAUAUCCGACCCGGUGUUUGCGUCCACCCGCCGCCAGUACUUCUACUGCUUCUGGUUCUCAGCCCAGAUCUUCACCACUGUCGGAGACACGCCGCUGCCCCGUCGGGAAGAGGCCUUCCUGUUCAUGAUAGCCGACCUCCUCAUCGCCGUGCUGGUCUUCGCCUCCAUCGUGGGAAACGUGGGCAACGUCAUCACCAACCUGAGGGACCGCGACAACGUCUUUUUUCCCGAUCACGAGCUGGUGAAGGCCUUCCUGCGCAGCCACCGCAUCAGCAAGGAGCUGCGGCAGCGCAUUGACAACUGGUACCAGCACCUUCACAUCAACAAGAAAAUCAUGCGCGAGAACGAGAUUCUGCAGCAGUUACCGGUCCACCUCAGAACUGAGAUCGCAGUCAGCGUCCACUUGCCGACCCUCUCCAAGGUCACCAUCUUCCAGAGCUGCGAGAAGAGUCUCCUGGAGGAGCUGGUGCUCAAGCUAACGUCGCAGGUCUUCAGUCCGGGGGAGUACGUGUGCAGGAAGGGCGACGUGGGCCACGAGAUGUACAUCAUCAAAGAAGGAAAGCUGGCCGUGGUGGCCGACGACGGCAUCACCGAGUUUGCCGUGCUCGGCGAAGGGAACUUCUUUGGAGAAAUCAGCAUUCUUAACAUCAAAGGCAACAAGUCGGGCAAUCGGCGCACCGCCAACAUCCGAAGCAUCGGCUACUCGGACCUGUUCAGCCUCUCCAAAGAGGACCUGACAGAAGUACUGUCCGAGUACCCGGCGGCCAAGCGCCACCUGGAGGAGAAGGGCCGCCAGAUCCUCACCAAGAUGGGCAUGCUUGAUGCCGGCGGGGCGGCGGCAGCGGGGGACGGCGCUCAGCAAGCGGAGACCAAGCUCGGCGGGCUGGCGAGCGUCCUGGACGCCCUGCAAACCAAACUGGCUCGCCUCAUGGCGGAGGCCGAGUCCGUUAAUUGCAAAAUGGAGGCCCGCGUGGCUCUGCUGGAGCGGGAGCUGGAGGCCCGCCGCCGUCGGCCGGCAGAGGUGGCCGCCGCACAGGGAGAGCACCGCGGGGACGCCGUCGGCGAGAAGGCUGCGAACGAGCGAGAGGAGGCCGAAGGCGAGCAGGGCGAAGACCAACUCCGGGUCAGCGGCGGGCUGGAUAAGGGUGACGGCGAGAGCACCGGGGACCGGGCGGAAAACCGUGAUGGGGGUGACCCAAAAAAACUCACCGUGUGACGCUUUCGUUUCAAAGACACCUCACGUGCUCUUCUACUCCAUGCAAGCUUAGACAUACUAAACUGUCGAAACAAUCAAAAUCCAAGGAGAAAGAGGCCUUCGGCUCUUCUUGUCUUCCUCCUCUGG